GUUAGGACAGCAGGGUUUGAAUUGGGUAUCGUUCUGGGUGACAGGGCUCUCUCACCUCCCAGGUGGAGUUAUAAAGGAGAAAGUCAGCCGGGUGGUGACGUUCUCUGAACCUUAAUAGGCCUUGGCUCUUUUCAUUUGUAACUACCAACUGCUCUGCUGCACUGAGGCCUCAAACACAGAGGCCUCACUCGUAUGGCCAGGGUACCAUGUGCAGUGUCCCUGCUGUUCCUGCUGGCCCUCUACUCUCCAGCGGUGUCCCCGGCCCCCGCCGCGCACCUGUGUGGCUCCCACCUGGUGGACACCCUCUACUUCAUAUGUGGCGAGCGGGGCUUUUUCUACAGUCCAAACAGACCCCGCAAGCGGGAUUUGGAACAUCUGCUUGGGUUCCUGUCUCAAAGGGCCAGACAGGAGCAGCAGCUGUGGAAGGCUCUGUCCGGCCGUGGAGAGCCCAAGGUGAAGAGAGGCAUCGUGGAGCAGUGCUGCCAUAAGCCAUGCAGCAUCUACCACCUGGAGGGCUACUGCGACUGACUCGUCACUCCACUACUAGCACCACUCAU